CGCCCAAUCAAGUGCUGGAUUCGCAUUCCAGCUUCUCAAAAGCUCGCAGCUAGCAGUUACACUCACUGACUUCUAUUUCGAUCGGUUAAUUCUGCAAUUCUGGUUCGUAUGGAAAGAACAUCUCAUUUAAAUAUAGACUAUUAAAGGAUUUAUCCCAUGACGUUUUGGAAACUCGCGUAUAGGUCUACGUCUACUCUUACACUUUCUAGUAAAGUCGAAUCACUCAGACUUCAGACCCACUCCGGCAAACUGCCCAGCGGUUGCAAGAAUGUUGAAGGGACAGAUACUAGCAAUCAUCCUGUACAUAGCCUGUCUCACAGUCAGAGGCCAAAGUGAGCAAGCUUUUUUGGCUUGUGAUGGAGGAGAUACACCUGCAUUUAGUAUGGAAGAUGUCAGAGUUGUUGGUAGACUAGACAAUCUUAUUUUCCUUGGAAGUGCUCACAACGUGACUGUAUUUGAUGGACAAAGUUUCACUACUGAGGAUAUUGGGGUAUGUUACGGUACAGGUCAGAGCAAUUGCUACAGAACAAAUACUGAUAGGGAGAACUGUGAUAACUUCAUUAGAGCUGUGGUGGACCUUGCCCAAGGCUGCGGUUCUGGUUGCAGGAGGAUCUUUGUAUGCGGAACCAAUGCUAAGCUGUCACAGUGUGCUAAUUGCGAUUUGACUGGUUCAGAGCUGAGCUGCGAUUUUACACAAAAUGUUCCACCUCAGGAUCUACGAAUCCCUAAUCAACUAACAAAUUACACUUCGUGCACUGCAUCAAAUGAGGAAGGUACAGAGGUGUUCCAAUUUUUGAAGAAUCACAAUGCAACAUUCCUAUAUAAUGGUGGUAACUUUUACUAUGGACUUGUGAAAAGCGAUGCAGAUAAAAAGUCCAUCAUUGGCAAGGCAGACGGAGAUAGAGGAAACAAAGUUAUCACAAGGACAGAUUCUGAUAAAAUGGUUGCUACGGAGGCGCACUUUGUAGGAAAACCUUUUGUCAAUGGUGAUUAUGUGUACUUCCUCUUCCGUGAGCCAGCACAGGAGUUUGCAAGUUUAAGCGCAGGCCAAGCUCCCUCCAUAGACACCUACUACAGCCGAAUUGCCAGGAUCUGCAAGAAUGAUGCUGGGGUAGCAGUUUCAAGUACUCAGACCCUCACCAGUUUCUUGAAGCAGCGCCUUGUGUGCUCCAUUACAACUGAGGACUCUACUUUCUAUUAUAAUGAUAUUCAGGACUUUGCCUGCAGUGAUAUAAACUGUACAAUGAUCCAUGCCAUUUUCACUAAUGAACGGAAUGCCGCACCUCAAUCAGCUCUCUGUAAUUUCACACUGACUUCAAUCGAUGAGACAUUUAAUGGGGGUGAUUUCUUCGGGGCUGAUGGUGUAUCAAAUACCAAUGAUCUUUGGAGAGUAUAUGAUGGAGUGGUUAAGUCACCAAGGCCUGGUUUGAAUUGCGAGGAUCCAAAUGACUCCGACACAGACUUUGAGCGUGAUUACAACCUAAUGAGUGACCCUGCAGUUGGAACAGUUCAGUUCUUCCUGGUUGGGGACCGCUUCUCUAAUUUGGAAAUGACUUCUGAAGACGGCACUGAAGACGGCACAGAAGUCUACAUAAUUUCGUCAGAAAGGGGAUGCCUGUACAAGGUAGUAGAUACUGCGGACAGAGAUUUGGUAGAUCCUUGUCAAGAUCCUGUAGUAUCUCGUCCCAUCAAAGACUUGGAGCUUACUGAAAACGGCUACCUGGUUACGACAGAUGAAGAUGUAUAUGUCUUAAGUAGUUGUAGUGAGCCUACAUCACCACCACCAACACCAACACCAACACCACCACCAAAUAUGUUUCCACCAGGUGGCGAUUACCAGGUACCACCAAACUCAGUCUUUGAAAUCAUCUACGGCACUGUGGAGAAUGGGGAACCAAGUAUUACAUACAACGGGAAUGUAAUCACGGACAGCAAUGAUGAAGCGUAUCGUCUGUUGAAAAACGAGAGCCUAGAUUGCACUAGGAGUAUGGUCCACUUGAGCAUCCUAAUCUUGGAUAUUACCGAUGUGACGUUCUCAGCAUCCAAUUUGAAAUACUCGAUCGAACCCUAUGGUACUUACACGACAAAUGAAACUGUUCAAAGAUGUACAGAAUGGGAAGUUGCCAACCAAGUUUAUACAUCCUUAAAUAACGAAACUACCUGCGGGAGUGCCACACCUGAGGAUAAAGGUUCCUUUAGUUCGAACAUUUUGUUGAAAAAGAACCAAGUCCGGGAUUGUGACACCUGUGCAUACAACGACUGUACAUACAAGGCCUGUACAGACAGCAAUAAAUACAUCUAUGGAUGCAGUCCCUAAAAAGUCUGGUUCAGAUAUGACAUGGUGAAUCGCAGCAUUUUUUCGUUUUUUUUUUAUAAAGCCUGGGUAAUAAUAUGACUGCAGGGCCCUCAGGGAGAACGGUAUUAAUACUGAUG